AUGGACAAACAAUUUAAUGACACCAAUGUAUCCGAUUCAAAAGCCUUGGAAGCAACAGAAUUUUAUUUUGAAACAGACUUUUAUUUAUUAAAAAAUAAUAAUGAUUAUAAAAAUUUAUUGAAAUCCUUAGCUAUACUUGAAGUACAAAGAUGUACAACAAUUCAAAAUAUUGAAAAACUUGCAGUGUUAAAGGAUCAAUUUUCAAAAAAUCCUUCUUUGACAUUGAAAAAAGUUCUAAAACGUGAAGACAUAGGUACGUUAAAGUCAGUUAAUAUUCAUUCACUACCAGAUAUUGAUUGGUCGGUGUAUAUAACCAAUGAUGAAACAGAAAAUGAGCCAAUAAAACAAGUAUAUGAUAUUAAUUUACGACAUAAAAAUAUUUCUGAUAAACAAGAAACACAGACAAACAUUACAACUUCAGAGGUAGAAAAACCUGAAACAUUUAAAAAACCUUGGACAGUUGAAGAACAAUUGCGUCUUGAAGAACUUUUGAUUGAAUAUCCACCAGAAAGAAAUGAAAGUAACAGGUAUAGAAAAAUAGCUGACGCUUUAGGUACAAGAAAUUUGAGACAGGUCUGUAGUAGAGUUCAAAAGUAUAAUAUGAAAAUGAAAAAAGUUGGUUCAAUAAAAUCUAUUAAUGCAAAUUCAAAAAAUUUAAAUAAAAAAACUGUAUCAUUAAGUCAUAAAAAUAUUGGUGCAUUACUAAAACCAACUACAUUUAUACCAUCUACAACAUUAAUAGAUGACGUUGAUGUUUAUAAUGCUAAUAGAAAUAACUUCAAUGUAAGUCACAAAAAUAUUGAAAUGAGUAAUAAGACAAAAUUAGCAAUCUUAAAUGAAGUAUUACAAGAUAAACUAGCAGAAAAAAAUUGUCCAAUUGUGCAUGUGGAUUAUACAUGUUGCGUAUGUCAGUCAUCUCCCAUUAUUGGAACAAGGUGGAAUUGCAAUGACUGUCCCGCUAUUGGUAAAAGCUCUAAUUUUUGUGGUGAUUGUAUAGUAGACACAGUAAGGAACAUUCUCGAAAAACCCCCACAUCCAUUGGAUCACACGGUUACUCCUAUUAGAAGCGUUCAGGCGAAUGAUGAUAAUAUUAACAAUCCUAUUGAUCAAAAUUAUGUCCCAUUAGUAUUUAAAACUCAAAACUACUUGGAUCCCAAUUUUAUGGUGUAG